AUGUUAGGGAAUGCUGAUAUGGUUUCUAUAUUUCAAAAGAGACUAAUUUGCCUCUCUCUCUCUCUCUCUCAACUUCCCUCACUCCCUUUCUUUCCUCAUUGUCUUAUUUACUCCCUCUUCCACAUCAUUAUCUCCCACUCUUGUCGUUUUCAGUUCUUCUUUGUCCUCUAUUACUCCUCGUCGCCGUCUUUCUUUUCUGUCUCUUCUCUUCGUCUUUUAUGUUUUCUUUCUUCCUUUCUUUCUUUCUCUCAUCUUUUUCAUUUCCUUCUUAACGCAUUCAACGUUUUGUUUUUCUUCUGCUCUUCUUUGUCGUCUUUUUCUUUUCUUUUUCUUCUCAUCCUCUUUUUCUUCUUCUCUUCAUCCUCCCCCUCCUCUGCUUAUCUCCCUCUAUUUUUCUUUUACUGUUCUAUUUUCUUUUCCUCGUUUAUUAUCUUCCUCUUUUUUUCUCUCUUUCCUUCUUCUUUUUCUUUUCAUCCUUCUCUUCUUCCUCUUCGUUACUGUUCUCUUUUCAUCAUUCGCCUUGCUUUUUUUUCUUUUUCUUCCCUUUCGCCCCUUUCUCUUUUCCUCUCCUUCUUCUCCCCUUUAUUUCUUCUUCUCUUCACCUUUAUUAUUUUGCCCCCCUUUUUUCCUUUUACAUUUUUCUCUUUUCCUAUCUACUCCUCUUCUUUCAUUUCUGUUUCUUUCCACUUCUUUCUUUCUUCCCCUUUUUUUUCUAGUCUUUCAUUUAAUCCUCUUUCUAUUAAAAUAACCCAAUCCCCCACCUUUUUUAAUAUCUUUUUCCUUUUUUUUUCACUUGGUUGCCUAUCAACUUCUUUCGUUUCUACACCUUCCAUUUUCUAG